CCAAAAAUUUCCCUAUUUUUAUUUCUCACCGCCAAACCUCUCUCUCUCUCUCAUCUCUGUGUGUAGAAAGUCGCAGAAAUGGCAUCUUUCGGGGAAGCACCACCAGGUAACCCUAAAGCCGGAGAAAAGAUCUUCAAGACCAAGUGUGCUCAAUGUCACACCGUCGAUAAAGGAGCUGGUCACAAACAAGGACCCAACUUGAAUGGGCUUUUUGGUAGACAAUCUGGUACAACUGCAGGUUACUCAUACUCCAAUGCAAACAAAAAUAUGGCUGUGAACUGGGGGGAGAACACAUUAUAUGACUACUUGCUCAACCCGAAGAAGUAUAUUCCUGGGACAAAAAUGGUUUUCCCUGGGUUGAAGAAGCCACAGGAGCGGGCGGAUCUCAUUGCUUAUCUGAAGGAAGCAACUGCGUGAAGAUCUCUUUGGAACAUUAAAAUACUUUUGCUAGUGGUCAGGAGUCGUCCAUUGGUAGCAUUUCUCAAUUUAUAUUUGGAAGGCAUAUUUUGCCCGUUUUAAAUAAAAACCACAUAACAGUGUUAUGCCAUUCUUCUGGUUGAGCUAAGCCAGUCUUGAAGGAAUUUUGUCCAAAAGGUUUUAUCAUUUAUUGUUCACAUUAAAUCUUGACGUACUAAGUAUAUGCUGGUUUCGUCCUUUCUAUUUUUUGGUAUAUCUGUCACCAAAUGCUAAUUUAUAGGUAUUGGUAGCGUUUCAUGA